AUGAGUUCAAAAGAGACAGCCGAAGAGGUGCUUCAAAAGGAAAACUGGGAGCGUAUCGCGAGUCAUGUGAAGUUUGUUGUUGAGGAAAAUGAAGACGAACCAAUUUUGGACUCUUUAAGAGCUCUUUUUGCCGUUAAUUUGGUGUAUGGUGAUCGAUUGCUGGUAGACGCUUUAGUGAAUAAAGCUCUCGAAAAUGGCAGUUCAAUUCCAAAAAUUGCAGCGCUGGCGGGCUUGGUGUCUUCUUAUAUUCAAUCUGUGGGACGUUUGCUUGUCGAGGACACGGUAUCAGAGUUUUUGGUAGCCUUCCAGAAAAACGAUGCACGAAGAUGCUACGCGAAGGCAAAGCUACUGUCACAAUUGCUUAAUUACGGAAUUGCCCACGAGAUUGUGGUACUACAAGUCCUUCAUGUGGUUACGGAACAUCUCAACGCGCACUCCGUUCGAUUGACAAUGGAAAUCCUGCGUCAAUGUGGACAUGAGCUGUUAACAGUAGCAAGAGGUGCACACGAUCUUGUAUAUGAAGGGCUGCGAACGUAUUUCCAGGAUUCAAAGAGCAGUUAUGAGCUUCGUCGAGAAUUUGAGGCUCUUUUUGAGCUUCGCAAGAGAGAAUAUAGCGGGCGGCUGUCAAAACUUCCACUGCCCCCAUAUGAGCCUCUCAGAUACGUUUAUAUGAUCGAUCCAGAGGCAAAUGACUCAUCUUCAGGAACAAAUCUCCGAACGUUUGUUUUUGAUCCGAAUUUUGACGAAAAAGAAGAAGAAUUUGAGUCCAUUCGGUCAAAAAUCGAAUUGUUGGACGAAGCCAUAGAAAACCCCCCCGCAGUUGUUGAGAUAGAAGACAAAACUCAGUCGGAUAGUCUUGAAUUCAAAAAGAAAAUCUAUCUUACUCUCAAAGGCUCCUUAUCGGGCGAUGAAGCUGCGCAUAAGCUUCUCAAAAUGCGGGUCCCCGACCGAAACAAAAAGAUUCUUGUGGACACACUGGUCAUGGCCUGCUCGCAAGAGACAACGUACUCUAAAUUUUACGGUGUAACGGCUGAAAGACUAUGCUCAAGCCAUGGCAGCUGGAAGCAUGCCUUUGCUCAAUCCUUCAAGGAGAGCUAUGACAUCAUGGACACCUUUCAGGCCACCCAGGUGAGAAACAUGGGGAAGUUCUGGGGCCAUAUUUUGGCGUCUGAUUAUGUGGGAUUGGAUGUCCUUGAAGCUAUACAUAUGAACGCGACAGAAACCACGCCUGCUGGGAGAGUCUUUCUGAAGUUUAUGCUUCAAGAGUUAGUUCUUGAUCUAGGCAUAGGAGAGCUAAAGAGUCGAUUAGAAGAACCUUGGGUGCAGCCUUUUUUAAAAGGACUUUUUCCUGUUGACGACGUGGAGAAGACUAGAUUCUCCAUCAAUUUUUUCACUGCUAUUGGGCUAGGACCCUUAACAGAGGCUAUGCGUCAAACUCUUGAAAGUGAGAAACUAACAAUAGAGGAACAGAAACCAAGAUCGUAUGUCGAGGCGGAUGCAGAAGUUGAGGAUUCAGACGACGGUAAUGAGGAUCAAACCGCCAGAACAUGGGAGAAAUUCAAUCGUAUGCGCCAAGCAAGGAACUCGAAAUCGGGUGGUGUUCAUGAGGACAGGAAUUCUCGUCAGCGAUCUCGAACACCUCCUAGAAGAAGAAGAUCUAGGACACCAACAAGACGAAGAUCGCGUUCACCGUACAGCAAACGCUAA